AUGAAGUUCUUCGAAAACAUAUUCACCUACGACUAUUCAUUCCCCGCUGUCUCCCUCGCCUACUUCCUCCGCUAUCCAAACCCCUAUUCUCGUCAUGUCCUCACAACAGAUGUCAUUGAUCGGUACGUCGAUCCGAAGACCGAACGUCUGCACACCAUCCGUCUCCACCUGAAGAAAUCAAAGGUGCCAUCUGGAAUCCUCAAGCUCCUACCAAAGGGCAUAGGAGGCUCCGACAGUUCCGGCCAGAGCUACAUCCUCGAGAAGACCAUUGUUGAUGCCAAAGAGGGCUGGAUGGAAACCGAGUCUCGCAACAUGGAGUGGACCGGUAUCUUGAGUGUGGUUGAGAAGCAAAGAUACCAGCGCCUCCCAUCUGAAGAAGAUCGUUUGGCCCUCGACGGUCUUGCUGUCGAUAAGAUCUCCGAGCAGACUACAGUCAAAACAACCGUUACUUUCCGCUCUCGUCUCGGGCAGGGCAAGCUUCUUGGAAGAAAGAAGCAGGAUACGAAUGACAAUGAAGAAGAAGAACCCCGCAAAGGAUUCUUUUCCUCUCUGUCUACGGCUGGCAUUCAGCGGACCAUUGAGUUGAUCGGCGUGAGCCGCACCAAGGAAGCCGUGUUGAAGAGCAAGCAGGGCAUGAACAUUGUGCUUGAGCGCUUGCGCAGUGGUGGUGUUGUUGGUGUUCUGGAGGGUAUGCGCGAAGACCGCGAGGCAGCUUUUGGGCCUGAGGGACCAUGGAAGCGUGUUUGGCUGCAGGGCAAGGACCGGUCCAUCGAAAACGACAAGUGA